CCACCAAACUAGAUAGAAUCCAACUUCAAUCCUUAUGGACUAUCGAUCGGAGUGACUGGGGCGGCCGGUGGACUUUCGAUCUGGUCUAGUAUCAGCCACGUUUUCCCAUAGCGCUCAAACUAUCCCAUUGUUCUGCUUGGAAAAUUCCUUGUUUCUUCGCCGUUCCCUGUCCUCCUCCCCUUGGUUCGAUUGGCUCAAGAUUGAUUGCUUUGAUUGUGAUCGGAUUAGGCAACCAGGGGUGGAAAUCCGUCGUAUGGCUUGCAUUAGCGGAUCGGGUGCUCUGGUCUCUUCCGUCUGCUUUUUUUUUUUUUUUUCCCUUUUCUUCGUCUUCAAAUAUGUGAACUGGAGGGAUGGGGAGGGUUACACCACCAAGGAACGGAGUACCCAUUUCCAUACUAGUGCUGUUGAUUAUCUAGUAUGUACGUAUUUCGGUCCGUUGGUUGCUUCACCGCAUACGAGAGAACACGGGAGGAAUCCAGGUCCCGGGCAAGGUCUAGAUCCAGAUCCAAGGAAACUAUUACGGGCUCGCUCGCGGAGGAUACUACGUCCGCUCGCUCACUCACACUUGGGAGUCAGGGAGUGUCCAUCCAGGCCAGGCCCUUUCAAGGCUCAAGCACUGACUCAUUGGGAUGGCACUGGCAGCGAUACGACACUGACACUGACACUGACACUGACAGUGUUGACAGUGUUGACAGUGACCCUGACUGACUGGCACUUACUUACCCAUCUAUCUACUACUCAUCUCAUACUCCAUCCACCCACAACAAAUCCAGAACCCCAGCCCAGCCCAUCCCAUCCCAUCCCAUCCCUCACCUGCGUCACGACACCACCAUCCUGAAACUCGAUAUUAAUAGAUCCCAUUCCUUCCUCCCUCACCACCACUACUCACUCACUCACUCACUCAC